GUGGAAGCGCGCGCCCUCCCCUCUCCUCCUCCUUCACGAGGAUCACAGCACGCGAGCACUUCUUACUGUCCGCCCGUCACUCAUCUUCCCUCAGAGCGGCAUCAGACAGCGGGGCGUCCGGAUCAAGGUGACACACUCUGUUUUCGCACGGUCCUUUAAAGACGGCAGAGCUUGAAUUGAAUAAGCGAGGACUAUUAAACACGGAGAGGGUGAACCGCGGGAAGAGAGAAAAGCCAGCACUUCACCACAGCACCGGUUUCAAAGGUCUACCUGAUGGCUACCAACAGCUACAUCCCAAUGAAUUUUCUUACUGUAUGUGGGAAAGCCUUCAUCUUUGAUGAGGUUCAGACAGUCAAAAAUGCAAACCUGGAUACAGACUCCUUCGAAAUGUCCACUCUCCCGGCGGAAAGAAGUUGGAUCCGGAGCAAGGACAACAAAUUUGUGUUUUUUAAUGUUGAAGAGAAAAAAUUUGAAGCACAAACCAUGAAUGCAGUGCAGCGACGCAAGCCUGAGUGCCAAUUCGAGUUCCAGUUGUACAAGGAAAACAAUCUAGAUACGUUUAAGAGGGCAGUUAUAGUGUACUAUUGCCCUGCCAACAGUGGAGCCAAGCCGAUGGUCGCAUGCUGCAAUGAGGACAAUAGAAUUCAUGCUGAGGAAAUGGAUCUUCCACGCGAAAUUAUGGAACCUGCACACAAGGCAGUGUUCUUACGGCAUGAAAUCGCAACAUCCAUGUAUGAGCUCCGGUCCUCUUUGUACAAGAACAAGUACCUGGGAUUUAAGGAGAGUGAGAGUGACGGCCUGUACACACUGGUCCUGCUUGAGAAAGCUGAGGAUGUAGUGGAUGAAGCUUGCCAGAUUUCUAUUUCUAAAUGUAAACAAUGACUUCCAAAUGUGACCGUAAGAAGCUUUAUUAUGGCUAAAUCUCGCAUGCAGUUUUUUCAUUGUGCAGUUUCACGAUACAGACUGGACUAGGACUUGUACAGUACCACUGACCCAGUAUGACUGUAGAUUUAAUAGCAUUGUGCCAUUUAAAUUGAAUUAAUUACAACUGGAGUUGUUAAGUAAUAUCUAACUGAACAUAAUUUGUGACAUAACUAAAGUUAAAAACUCAAUUAAUUCACAUGAAAUAUUGUAUUUGUAUGUAUGUAUUUAUUACGGAUGAUUAGAUUUCAAAAAAACAUUUUUACUUCAUCAUUCAGAACUUUUUGUAGAUGUGAUUAUGAUUUUUAUGUGAGUAUGUUUUUAAGACUGUAUCAUUCACUUAAGGGAAACUGUCACCUUUCAACCAGCUUUGUAUCUUCACAGUGUGGUCAUGUAAAUGAACCAGCAGAACUCCUGUGUGUGAGUGUGAGAGGAAUAGAUAGUUAGAUGUCAACAAUGAAACUUAAAGCCAACUUUAUUUUAUUUCAGUUUCCUUGCCACAUCCCAUUUUGUGCGUAUCAUCUGAAAUGACAUUUAUUGAACAGAUAUUACAAAUAUGAUAACUGCUGAAGGAAACAGACCAAGCUGUCAGAUCGAAUGCAGACCUCAGAUUUUAGAGCGAUUAACUUGACCUGUAACACUCAUUCCUGCUGUACACAAAAAAUAAUGUCAAUAGCAUCAAAAGCUGCAUGCAAGGAGUGUGUGUGUGUGUAUACCAGUUAUAUGCUAUAAGUAAAUGAUAGUUUUGAUUUGAAAGCUAUAUUUCAUCAUAAAGGCUCAAUGAUUUAGAAACUGAAAUUCAGAUUUUUUUUCCUUUGUUUGUAAAGAGGUUGGACCUCAAGAAUGUAAAAUGAUAAAUUUGAUUUUUUUCAGAA